AUGGGCAUGAAGUCUGGCCCUGGGAGAUCGAUCGGCGUUCCCGUGACGGUGCUUUUGAAGUUACAUAACCAACUCCGUCAAACAGUGAGUAAAACGGUCUUCUCUCGUAAAUUCUACGCAGAAAUCAAUGAUAAGAUAUUGGCCAGCCUGGCGACACUAGACAAGACACUCUACUUCAUAUGCUACUUCACGCUCUUGUUGAGCUCGAUUUUGAACAACAAGCAAAAAAUUCGGACGUUCCUUGCUUCGCAAAGGACAAACUUGUUGAAGGUGGUGGACAAAUACUCCCUUGCAGUCUUCCAGAAGUCUUUGCUCAAAAGAGGUGCUGAUGCGUCAAAAGCAACCAAACUGAGCACUUCUGAAAAAGAAAGCGCUACUGAAACUGUGGCAGUUGAUGGUUCCAGUGAGAAGGGAAGCGUUGAGGCUGUAACACCAGCAGUUCCCUCCAACUUGGCCGUGCAUCUCAAAGCAGUAUCGUCUUACAUUUCCGACGUGCGUAUUUUCAACAGAUUGACUGAUGCAAUCAAAUAUAUGCCAUGGAUUAUCGACGAGUUUGGGGCCCUCAUGAACCCAGCGCUGGCUGUCCCUCGUCUUGACAGGUUCAUCAACUUUGCACAAGCCAUCAAUUGUCUUGUCUUAGAAUUGCUUGAGAACGCCGGCUGGUUGACCGACCACAACUGGGUGGGAACUCCUGAUAACAAUUACUGGUGUAUCGAAACCUACAUCUGGUGCUCUAGGGUCUGGGGAGCGUAUAUUCUCAUUGAAAUCAUUGAGCUUUUUAGACGCACUCCUAAGGCGAAACGCAAUAAGGACUGGCGCAUUGCUUUGUUCACUCAGGUCGUACAACUCCCCUUAGUCGUUCAUUGGUCUUUGUAUGAAGGAUGCUUGAGUCCGUUCUGGGUCGGAUUGUUUGGCUCUGGAGCCUCCUGGUUCGGCUUCAAAAAUACGUUGCUGAGCAUUGACUUGUCCUGA